CGCGCAUCUAUAUUUUGAAGAUGUUUAGGAAAAUAUAGACUGAGGAGGAGUUUUUCAAAGCUGGGUAUAAAUAUUAGAACAACCGUGUCCAGUAAUCACUCGCAGUUCUACAGCGAAAGUGUUGAUUAGUCUCUUAGAUUUCUUUUUUGUGAAAACGAAACAACACAACUCCUAACAAAAUGUGUGACGAUGAAGUAGCUGCAUUAGUCGUAGACAACGGUUCCGGUAUGUGCAAGGCCGGUUUCGCUGGUGAUGACGCACCACGUGCCGUCUUCCCAUCCAUUGUCGGUCGCCCAAGGCAUCAAGGUGUCAUGGUCGGUAUGGGACAAAAGGACUCCUACGUAGGAGAUGAAGCCCAAUCCAAGAGAGGUAUCUUGACCCUCAAGUACCCAAUUGAGCACGGUAUCAUCACCAACUGGGAUGAUAUGGAAAAGAUCUGGCAUCACACUUUCUACAAUGAAUUGCGUGUCGCCCCAGAGGAGCACCCAGUUCUUUUGACUGAAGCCCCAUUGAACCCAAAGGCUAACCGUGAGAAGAUGACCCAAAUCAUGUUUGAAACCUUCAAUGCCCCAGCCAUGUAUGUUGCCAUCCAAGCUGUUCUCUCCUUGUACGCUUCCGGUCGUACCACCGGUAUCGUUUUGGAUUCCGGAGAUGGUGUCUCCCACACCGUCCCAAUCUACGAAGGUUACGCCCUUCCCCAUGCCAUCCUCCGUUUGGACUUGGCUGGUCGCGAUUUGACCGACUACCUCAUGAAGAUCUUGACUGAACGUGGUUACUCAUUCACCACCACCGCUGAGCGUGAAAUCGUUCGUGACAUCAAGGAAAAAUUGUGCUAUGUCGCUUUGGACUUCGAACAAGAAAUGGCCACCGCUGCCGCUUCCACCUCAUUGGAGAAGUCAUACGAACUUCCCGACGGUCAAGUCAUCACCAUCGGUAACGAACGUUUCCGUUGCCCAGAAUCCCUCUUCCAACCCUCAUUCUUGGGAAUGGAAUCAUGCGGUAUCCACGAAACCGUCUACAACUCCAUCAUGAAGUGCGAUGUUGAUAUCAGGAAGGACUUGUACGCCAACAUUGUCAUGUCCGGUGGUACCACCAUGUACCCUGGUAUUGCUGAUCGUAUGCAAAAGGAAAUCACCGCCUUGGCUCCAUCAACCAUCAAGAUCAAGAUCAUCGCCCCACCAGAGCGUAAAUACUCCGUAUGGAUCGGAGGUUCCAUCUUGGCUUCCCUUUCCACUUUCCAACAAAUGUGGAUCUCCAAGCAAGAAUACGACGAAUCCGGCCCAGGCAUUGUCCACCGCAAGUGCUUCUAAGCAUUCAAUUGACUAUCAUUAUAAUAAUAUUAUAUUUUUAAUAAUUAUUAUUUUAAUUUUUCUAUUAAAUAAUAAUAUAUAAAAGAAAACAAAACAAAAAAUGUUACAUAAAUCAACAACAAAAGUUAUAUUUUUUAUUAUUAUAUAAUUUUAUAAUUUAACAAAAAUGAAAAAAUAAGAAAAACACAAAAGAGAAAUGAAACAACAUCAAUAAUAUCUUUGAAGAGCUAAAGAGAAUAAAACAAUCAACACCUUAAAUUUAAAAAAACUAAACAACAA